AUUAUAAAUGUUAGACUCAUUGAAUGUAUUGUURAUUGAGUGCAUGACUUGUCUUCAAAGUUGACAACAAUUGACAAACUAAUAGUGAUUAUUAUAUGUGACUGAAGUGAGUGAAGACACUUUGAAUCACUUGUAGUCAUCAUUUUGAUUGAUAUUUGUGUAUCAGAUCCUAAUUGUCUGGUAUUACCACUGAUUAGUUCAUAUUAUGAGCUCAAACACACAACGGGUUUGGCAGAUAAUUAAGCCACACAUACCUUUGAUUAGAUUCAGAAAAGGAGCUGAUCUUCACAAAACUGAAGUAUUGUCUGUAUCGGCCACGAGUUCUUCGAGUCCACCCAUUGGGUCGACACCACGAGGAAGUGGUAUCGAUGAAGAAUUGAUACCAAAGAGAUACCAACGAAAACCAAUAUCACAACAGGAGAUGGAAAUCAUUGAAAGAGGCGGACCCGAUAUACUUUGAUUAACAUCUUUAUUGUAUAAAAAAUAUAUAUAUAUUUAGAGCUAAU